AUGAGAUUGAAGCAGAUAUCUCAUAUAAGGAGGGUUGUGAAGGGGAUCGACUCUUCAAAUAGAGAAAAGUGUACAAUAGAAGUGUUUGACCACACUGAAGUCUCGUUACAUGACAAGAACACAAGUUCAUCCUCAGAGGAGAGGGAGAAGUUGACAAUAGUAUCAGCGAUUUUGAAGAAGAGACCUAAAAAAAACCAAACGGAGAAGAAAAUAGAUAAUACGUUGUUCGUAUUCUGGCUAGAAAGUUAUGAAUCUUUAAUAAAGGAUUUGUUACUGAGUAAGACAGCUCAGUUGGAGAAUUUAGGCUUUGUGUAUGCCCAAAAUUCAGAUCGCACUUCGAAAACCAUUUUGAAGAAUGAGCUGUGGUCGUUGUAUCACGAGAAUUCAGUGAUUUGCUCAAGUUGGAAGAAGAAUUACGGGUUUCCAACGGCUAUAAAUAAGUUAUUCCUGGUAACUCUGACAAGGUAUUACAUGGCUUACAUUUGGCGCUUUAACGAGCUUCAAGACUCAUUUGAAAUUUGUAUUCAAAUUCCACUCCAAAAUGAUAAUUACACACUCAAUUUUCACUGCCUGUGGAUGAACAUUGAGAGCGUAGUUUCAGACUACAACUUCAGUAAAAGAGCGUUUUUGAUCUUUUACAACACCACAAACACCAGGUGUUACAGCAUUUCAACUGAGGAUUUAGACUCUGAUUACUCAUACGAGUUGAAAUCAGGAGAGUCUGACAUUUACUUACCGAAUCUUAAUACCGACGCUUAUAGUGUUGGAUCACAAGAUGAGGCAGAAGAACUUUAUGAUGACACUGGUGAGGAAUAUGAUAAUAUCUUAUUCCACAAGUAUGAAGAUUAUGUGCAGCAUUUUGAGAUUUACGCCGUUGACGGCCUUUUUAAUCAUAGACUAGCAGUUACCAGUGAGUAUCUCCUGGGCAGCAGUGAGCUAACAAUGCCAGUGAAAAUCAAGUCAAUAGAGUCAGUUUGCAUCUGUGAUCACACAUUUGAAACUGGCCUAGUAACUUUAUACACAAGUGACUCCCUAAGACCUAAUAAAAUUACCACAAAGUCACCCAUCGUAGUCAGUAAAUGGAUCACCCUCAAAUCCACAAAUUUAUCCAAUUUUUACAAAUCCAAUCAUCACAAUGUCAAUAGUUCCAGUCACAAAUCUAACAACAAUAAUGUUAACAAUAAUGUGACUUGUGGAAAGGAUAAUGAGAGUUUGGAUGAGUUGAUUGGAAUGCAGAUAAGUAAAGGCUUGAAUAAGAUCUUGCCACCGGUGAAACUAAGUUUAUUAAAUGAAAACGACAUUAGUAUGAACUUGCUAUUGUCCCCGUAUGACCUGUUUUUGAAAGACGAGCACAUAAGGGAGUCUGUAGACAACAUUGUCGGCUUGGUGAUUAGGUACAUGUUCCACCCAAGUACGCCACUGUACAUUAAUGUAAAUAACGAGCUAGUAUACAUUGAAAAUUACUUUAUAAAUAAAAUAAAAGGCUCGAAGAAGGUGAAAAACGUAAAAGUGUUCAGCGGAAAGGAUGAAACGCUUUACAUAAUUCAUUCGAAAAGUGGCGCACUGAGCGCAAUCACAAGCAAGAAACACGACCCAAAUGACAUCACACACCACCAAAUUCAUAAUUUAAGCCACGUGGUAACUUUUCAAGUUAUUGAAUAUCAUCAUCAACUGUACUUCAUUAUCUUCACUCCGUACGAUAGGGAGUCGGUACUACUAACGCCGUAUGACAAUGAAUCUGUACUCUUAACACCAUACCACAAUGAAUCAGUGCUGUUAACGCCGUUUUUUAAGGAAAUGGGUAAAAAUGACCCGGGCGACGAUUUUGUACAAAAUGACGGCUCACUGUAUGUGUGCGGAUUUUAUAAAUGGGAAAAUUAUAAACUUAAUCUAAAAGGCAGCUGGUUAUUUCAGUGUCCUCACCAAUCUAAUCAUUAUGAGUCACCAAAUGGAUUACCCAAUGGUUCGCCUGAUGAUCACCUGGAUGACGCGAUAAUACAGUUUAAAAAAUGGUACGACUCGAAUUAUUUCUGUCUAUUAUCGAAAUUUAAGUUAAUAUCGCCAAAUGAAUUGGAUUCAGCAGAUAACUCUGAUUCAGGAGUGGUAUACCUAUACAUGAUCAAGAGUCAUAAAAUAAUCAAAUGGCUUGAAAUAAGCAGUAGAUAUUACUAUGACUUGUUAACCCAGGACAGGUAUUAUUUAGCAAAUACAAGUGGUAGAAAUGAGUAUGUGAUUGAUGAUCUUAAGAUUCUGAUCAAGAGCAGGCCCUUGAGAGACGUUUGUCCAACUGCGUCAGAGUAUAAAAAUGACACAGAUUUCGGUGAUAUGGAAAAUUCAACCAGUUCAUAUUCUGAGGAUGUGGUUGGAGAAUUGCCUUUAUUUACAGGAUGUAAUUUUAAGAAUAAAAUGUACCCAGUGUACCAUCCCGAGUGUGUACUGGCAAUGCUAAAGCUGGGUCUUAACACCUUAGUAUCUAAGCUGGUUAAUAUGCUAGUAUUUCUGUUUCGAAGGAUUUUGUCGCAGUUGAAGGAUAAUAUAUAUUGUACAAACUCGAAUCCGUAUUCGGAGGAACAGCGUGCUGAUGUGGCUGAGGAUGUUUCUGGCGGUUGCAACUGUAUCAUAUUUAAGACUUUGGCACUAAAGUUAUUUUGCAGAUUUAACAGAUUCUUCUACGAUUACAUAAUUAAAACUAUUUACAUGAGUAAUAUGACCCACGGAGCGCAGAACUUCGAAGACAACCACGACGCCGAGGAGCCUAAGAAAACCAUACUUAACGAUUACGUAGUAGAUGACGAGUAUAAUCAAUAUUUUAAGGAAUAUUGUAGUUUUAGAAAAGAAAACGAGCUUUUAAUGAAUGAGUUGAUUGUGUAUUUGCAAGUGCUAAGGCUGAUUGGGCUUUCAUGGUAUGAACAGUAUCAACUCAUUAAUAUUCUGACAAAAUAUCUGUCAACCAGUGACGACUUGUUACUAUUUAAUAGUAACAGAGACUUGGAAAAUGUAAUUGGAUCAAUAGAAUCAGCAAGAGAACAAGACGACGAAGAUGAUGACCUGUGUAAACUGUGCCAGAAUUCAAAUAUUCUCCUGAGGAUUGGAAUGGAACAGAAUUCUCAGUUGGUGACGCCAGACCAUAACAUAUUAAAAUACCUGAUUUCAUACAUGACGUCACUUUCGCCUUCAUUUUUCAGCACAUUCCCACAGAACAAGAACUUGACGGAUUUGGACAACGUGUUCUUCACAAAAUAUAAAGACCACCUGGAUGACAAGUUUAAAGUUAAUCAGCACAUAUUCAAGGAUGAAGCUGUUACCUUGAGUAGGGAUGAGGAAGGUGAAGAGAAUUUCCUGAUUUGGUUGUUAUUGGUAAAGAAUGAUCAUAAUUUACUGAUUGAGCUGGACCACUAUUAUAAUUCUACGGUUCAAACUGGUGACAGUGUAGUAUCAUAUACGGAGUAUAUGGACAUGAUAAAUGUGGGAUACUGGGUUAAAAACAAGACAAGUUUCAAAUUCAUGUUUGAGAAUGUCGAAAAGUACUUUAGACUCAAGGUGAAGACGUAUAGGAAUAUUGAAGACUUUGACCAGUUUGGGUUUUAUUUAAUUCUCCAGGGCAAGGUUAAGAUUUUUAGUCUCCUUUUAAAGUCCAAAGGGUUUGAAAAAUUUUCAAACUUUCUGACCAACGAUUUUACUCAGGAGCGUUGGAAGGAUGCAAGUGUUAAAAAUGCAUUUGCACUAAUUUCGCAGAGACGUUAUUUACUCUCAUCAGCAAUGUUAAUACUUGCAAACAGGAUCCAAGACGCUGUAGACGUUGUGCAUCAGUAUCUGAACAACCUGUCACUCUCAAUUCUGAUCUCCAAACUCUUUAACUUUAGUCUCCACCACACUUUUAACAAGGUCCAGAAUAGGAAAAUCAAGUACAUUCUACUGCAUACACAUUCUAUUGAUUUAUCGCCAGAGUAUUCAAGUGAUAUCAGCACACUGACUGGUAGUAGUAAUCCCAAAGACCAAGAUUCAGGCUCACUGAAUACCAAAAACUCGAAAGAACUAAUGAAUAAGAAUUUACAUGUAGAAGAUCCACUAAGUAAACAAGUUGAACUCUUGUGCCACAACGAUGAUGACUCAGAUUCUAAUCCAUAUAGUACCACCUAUAAUCCCAUGCACCUUAAACACUCUUUCAACGCUGUGCACAGCACGGGAAUAUACGGUAAACAAAAUUAUAACAAUUGUCUAUACCUUAAACAUACAUACGAAAAUAUGUAUGGCAAUGGGAGUUUGACUGAGGAGAUUAGAGGAUAUAAGACGAUCGGACAUGAUUCGAGGAUUUUGGAGGAGGGCAUUUUAGAUUUGUUAUCGGGUACAGUGGAUGAGUUGAUUUUAAACGUGAGCAUUGGAAUUGUAUUGAAGAAGUUAGACCUGUUCCAAGUGGAGCAGAUGAUAAGAAAUAGUUCACGCUACUAUUUAGAUAAAAUGCCAAUGAUUUCAGCGCUACUCCAUUCCUUUGUAGUUAAUUACACCAGCUGGGAUAAGAUUCUCAUUUACGCCUCCAACUUUCUACACUUUCAAAAAUUCAACAACUUCAACCAAAAAUAUGAUUAUCUCGAUUACACAAAUCAAGGACUGAAUGAUAGUUAUUGUAAUAGUAAUUAUUAUGUUGAUGACUACAAGUAUUUGGACGGGAAUGUAUUGGUAGAGUUUAAUAACUACACAUUUAAGCAGUCACAUUUAAAGUGUCCAAUACUGAAGAAGUUGUCCUCGAUCAUCUCCACAAAACAUUUACAGAAACCCUCAAAGGGUUCUCAGCACUCGUUGUUUAGUUUUUCAAGUCCUCAGUCAGGUCAGCAUUCAGGAAGUUCACUGGAUGAUCAAGGCGAUUUUGUGAGGACAGGAGACGAGAUUUUCGUGAUGAACGAGGAGAGUGAUUUGGUUGUAAAUGUUAAUACUUUGAGUGUGGUAGAGGUACUUUUAAAGAUAAAAUCAACCCUAAAGAUGGAACUGACUCUAAAUUAUUACAAAAUCAACUCAAUAAUUUCCAUCAGAAAAUAUGACAUUGAUAUUGAGAGUAUUUACACCAGGCUGGUUAACACUUUCAUUGGAUUUUUAGACUCAAAUUUAAGUGUACAGGAGUUCAAUAUCCCAUCACUCCAGCUCAAUCUGAUUAAUAAACUAGCACUUUUGGCAAUCCACAGUAGUAAUUUGGAUAACUCAAAGGAAAAUGAACCAGGAACUCUAGAAUCAGAACGUCAACCUGACAUUGAAGUAAAGGACAGAUUAGACGUUGGAUUAUAUGACAGUGAUCUUAGUUUGGUGAAUGAAGAGAUCGUUUGCGUGUGCUUUGUAGUGUCCUUAACAUGUGUUUUCAUGCUAGUGUUGUACAAGGUUGAUAUUUUACCUCAGGUGUACAAUGGACUCUACACACAACUCACACUACUUAACCAGAUGAAGGGAAAUAAUGAGUGGCUUAAACAGUUUCUAGAAUCAGUCAUAAACACUAUAGAACCCUCGCUAUUCGCAAAUGACACAUUUGACGCUGAGAAAUUUAACAUACUCUCAACCUCCAAUAAAAACACAAAAACACAACAUCAAGAUGAAUUACAACUCCAAGAGUAA